AUGGGUGAAGACACAGACUAUGGGCAAGAAGGCAUCCGAACGACCACGACUGAAAUUCUGAGGUCUGGCGCCUGUGUGGCUUUCACAGGAUACAUACUGACUAGUCGCCCAGACAGAAAUGCCCCUUAUCUCUCAAGAGUCAUCAUAGAGUCAAAUGUUAGCGUCAUUGUUGUCUUCUCCAGUGGGUCCAACUUUGUGCCAGUGGUAGAAGAGCUUCUAAAACAUAACGUCACAGGCAAAACUUGGGUAGCCAGUGAGUCAUGGUCAACAUCAGCCUUGGUCUCCAAAGAAAAAUACUGGCGUGUCCUAAAAGGGACUAUUGGCUUUGCUCUACAUAGUGGGCAUAUUUCUGGACUAAAACAGUUUAUGAAUUCGCUCGAUCCCAAGAAGACCCCGGAUGAUAUCUUUUUGAAAGAGUUUUGGGAAGUAAAUUUCCGCUGCAAGUGGCAGAUCCAAGAGGUUGGUUGGACCAACAGCACCAACGUUUGCACAGGGCAGGAGUCUAACGGGCCUUUAUUCACUGACGGCAUUCAGAGGGUCACCUACAGCGUCUACAUUGCAGUCUAUGCGCUGGCCUGGGCACUGCAUGGCAUCCUAAUGAGCAGGCAAAGAGCGUGUCUUCAGAUCCACAAGACGUGCAAUGAAUCCUUGUCUUUUCAACCAUGGCAGGUGAUGGAUUCAAUGAGGACUGUCCACUUCGAAGCUGAAGAUGGGAGAAAUGUAUAUUUUGACCCAAAUGGAAACCUCCCAGCUGUGUAUGACAUUGUUAACUGGCAGAUGGACCCUGCCGGCAACAUACAUCAUGUUAAGGUGGGAAAUUACGAUGGCAGCACCGAGGAUGAGAACACGUUCUCUGUGAAUACCAGUUCCAUCCAGUGGAACACAGAAGGCUCACAGGUUCCUUUGUCCUUCUGCAGUAGAAGCUGCCCCAUAGGAUUUAGGAAAGCAGCCAUACUGGGGAAACCUAUCUGUUGCUUCCAAUGUGUUCCGUGUCCUUCUGGGGAAAUCUCAAACCAGACAGACUCAGUGGACUGUUUCAGGUGCCCGUGGGAUCAGUGGCCCAAUAACCAGAAGGACCAGUGCAUUUUAAAACCAGUUGAGUUUCUUUCCUGUGAUGAUCCAGUGGGUGUUACUCUUAUCACCUCCAGUGUUAUCUCUUCCAUCAUCCCGGUGGCUUUGCUGGGGCUUUUUAUCAAUUUCAAAACGACCCCCAUAGUCCGAGCCAACAAUUACCUUCUGAGUUGCGUUCUUCUAGUAUCCCUCAGCCUCUGUUUCCUUUGUUCUUUAGGGUUCAUUGGUUACCCCCAACCUGAAAAGUGCCUUCUGCGCCAGGUGGCAUUUGGGAUGGUUUUUGCCCUCUGCAUCUCCUGUGUUCUGGCCAAAACCAUUACUGUUGUCAUUGCUUUCAAAGCCACCAAGCCUGGCAGCAAAUUAAGGAAAUGGACAGGGACAAAAGUGACCUACUUAGUCACGGGCCUCGGUGUUCUCCUCCAGUUGGGUAUAUGCAUUAUUUGGUUGUCCACCUUCCCUUCUUUCCCAGAAAAUGACAUCCAGACUCAACCAGGAGUCAUCAUUGCUCAUUGUAAUGAAGGAUUUCCAACUGCUUUUUGGUGCAUGUUGGGAUAUCUUGGACUACUGGCCACCAUAAGCUUUGUUCUUGCCUUCUUGGUCCGGAGGCUUCCAGACAGCUUUAAUGAAGCCAAAUAUAUCACAUUCAGUAUGUUGGCUUUCCUCAGUGUGUGGGUGUCCUUUAUCCCAGCCUAUCUCAGUGCCCGGGGCAAAUAUACCGACGCAAUGGAGGUCUUUGCCAUUCUUUCUUCUACCUGGGCUUUGGUCAUCUGCAUCUUUCUGCCCAAGUGUUUCAUCAUCAUCUUCCAACCAGAACUCAACAACAAGGACAGUUUAAUGGGGCGAGGCAAGAAAUAA